AAUUUUUACCUUCGCUCUAUAAAAUUAACAUCCUACAAAACAAUAAUAAUUUCAAUCGAUCAAAUACUUUCAAAGUCAUCAUGAAGUUUAUUUUAAUGUUCAUUCUUGUCAUUGUAGCUUUUAGCAAUUUUGCUGCAACGGAAUUCUUGGACGAACGUAUUCCUACCAUUGAAAAAUCACUUAAAACCUCACCUUUGGAGACAAGGGCAUUAGUUUGCCCAUCCGGAACAUAUGAAUGUAAUGAUAGUGAAGGAGGAUGUUGCUCGACCGGUACAACUUGUUUACCUAACUUCAAGUGCAGCGGUAGUGGAAAUCAUAGUGGUGGGAUUAUAUUAAAAACAUCACCAACAAUUUCACAAAUACUCUCAAUUGUAUUAGCUUAUUUGUAUUUAAUUUAAUAUUUAUUUAUAUUGAGAUAGUUUUUAGGAUUUAUUGAUUAUUUUAUUGUAUUUUAUUAAAUUAUGUAUUU